AUGUCCAACCCACCUUUCACGGUUCGAGCGGUCUUCGAGUAUGCUUCGGGCCACGAUGACGACCUCAGCUUCCCAAUCGGCCAGAUCGUAACCGUUACCUCCGAGGAGGAUUCCGACUGGUACAAUGGCGAAUACACAGAUAGCUCGGGAAUCAAGCAAGAGGGAAUCUUUCCAAAGAAUUUCGUGGAACGAUAUGAACCUCCGGCACCCCCGCGACCGGCACGUCCAAGCAGACCGAAGAAAGAGGCUGAGCCUGCGCCGGUGCAAUCUCCCGUGGUUGUGCCCGAAAGCCCCGUCCAACUAAAACCCGAGGUAACGGCGCAACCCGAGGAGAAACAGGAGGAAUCCGAAACUGUCCCCCAGCAAUCCCCUGCUCCUCAAUCGGCGCCAAACCCUCCUGCCCCAGUUGUGGAGGCUUCAUACUCGCCCCCUCAGCCUGCUCCAGUCCCCGCUCCCGUUGUUACUGCAGCACCCGCCCCGCCUCCCGCGAAGGCAUCUACAAAGCCUCCACCGCCGGCUGUGGGAGAAAAGCCCGCAGGAAACUCCUUUAAAGACCGUAUUGCUGCAUUCAACCGGUCAACUGCCGCGCCAAUUGCACCUAUCAAACCUGGUGGUCAACAGCCGUCCUCAUUUGUCAAAAAGCAGUUCGUUGCUCCGCCCCCAAGUAAAGAUUCUUUCGUGCCUCCUCCGCGGGAGCCCGCUGCCAAGAUUUACAAGAGAGAGGAGGACCCCGAGGUGAAGGAACAACUUGCUCGGGAACCCCCUGUUUCUGAAAGCCGCCCCCCGCCUCCACCACCGGCACAGGAGGCCGAGGAAGGUUCAGAGGAUCAGCCAAAGCCUACAAGCCUGAAGGAUCGGAUAGCUCUUCUUCAAAAACAGCAGAUUGAACAAGCUCAGCGCCAUGCCGAGGCUGCUCAGAAGAAAGAGAAGCCGAAGCCUCCAAAGAAGCCUGUCGAGCAGCCCGUGGAGACGAUUGCUGCAGCUGAAGAAGACGAGGAGGAAGAACAAGUGCCUUCUCCUGUCGAAGCUCCGACAUCUCUUAGAGACCCCAGUGUGGAUACCUUGAGAGGCAGAGCUCCACCCACCCUGCCUCCUCCAUUCUCACCCCAGGAGGAAAUUGCCAGCGAAUCGAAUGACGCGGACUACUCUGCCGCGGCAGACUCCGAGGAUGCUGGUGAGACUUCCACCAGCAGAGAUGAUGAGGAUGAUCGCACACGGCAAGCUCCAGCACCGCCCGCUCACAGCGCCGAGCAUAAGCAAGAAUUGGUUGAUGCUAAGGAAGAGGAAGAGGAAGUGAAAGAGGAAGAAGAGGAGGAGGACGCGGAGGAAGAAAUAGAUCCUGAAACCAAACGCAGAAUGGAGCUUCGUAAUCGAAUGGCCAAGAUGAGUGGUGGUAUGGGUAUGAUGGGCCUAUUCGGUCCCCCAGGCGGCUUGCCUGGCAUGGGUAGCGCCCCUGCACCUCGAAAGCCCAAGACUCCCGGCGAGUCUGAGAAGAGGCUUGGUGAGCCUGAACCGACACCUCCAGGUCAUGCCCCUCCAGUCCCAAUGAUUCCCCUUCCUGGAAUGCAUGUCAACACCAAGCCCACUGCUGCACCUGUCGAUGUUGAAAAAGAAGAAGAGGAGCAUUUGGCGACUCCUAUCACGGAGCAGCAUGCCCCACAGGUCGUGGCAGACGUCGAAGACGUUGUUCAUGAAGGCGCCCCUCCGCGUUCUUCUAUCGAUCGUGCUCCCCCUGCGCCUCCUACCCGUGAACGAACUGCUCCCCCCCUGCCGUCUGUGGAUUCUCGCCCCAUUCCACCCCCCGUGCCCUCAGAGCAGCUAGCUUCCCCUCCCCCCGUUCCAGCAGGCCGGGCCAUUCCUCCGCUGCCAAGACCAUCCGGUAUAGACCCAGGUAAUGAAUCGGACGAUGAGCUAUCAGUGCAUGCAAGCAACCUGUCUUUGGACUCUGUUCCCCCGCCUGUGUCUGCUCCUGCAAUUCCCGACAGCAUUGAUUCUCGCCGCUCUUCAACAUAUGACACACCACCUCCCGUGCCUUCGACGUCAAAUGCCGAAAAGAGAGCUAGUCGUGCACCUCCCCCGGUUCCAACAAACCCACCCAUGCCACCGGCACAGGGCCGUGCCCCACCACCUCCUCCUCCGAAUCAGCCUCGUCGUCGCUCCACCACGGAUAGUCGCACUAGUGCCAUUUCCGCUCCCCGUCAGGCCGGAGAGGAUGUUGAUGGAGAAGUAACAGAAUACGAUGGCGACUACGACACCGAUAUUGCGUCCGGUGUGAAACACAAGGAUGCAUUGAGAUCUCAUGAGCGUGAUUCUAGCUUUGACGAGGGCAUAAUGACCGAUGAUUAUUCUCUUCAAUCUCCUCGCAGCCCUACAGAGUCCCGUCUUCCCCCACCUCUUCCUCCGACUGCUGCUCCCAGAGGGGUCCCGCCCCUACCUCCCAGUCAGCCUCCCCGAAAUCCUCGAGCUUCUAUUGAUACACCUCGAGGACCACCUCCGCCCCCGCCAGGCCGAGAACCAUCGUACGGUGGAGAGGAGGAAUAUGACCCCUUCAAUUAUGUUGAACCUCGACUCGGUUUGCCUACUCCCCCGGCCCCUCCCAGUGGUCGUCCAGAAGCGCCACCUCCUCUUCCCCCGCAACCGCCCGUCAGACAGAGCUUCGACGACCUGUACGAUGAAUCUCCCAUACAAAGUCCUACGAAUGAGGCCCCAUCUUUACCGAUGUCUCAAAGGCGUUCAUCUCUGGCCCCACUGCCUCCUCCAACCCAGGUUCCAGUUAUGGCUUCACCUUCGGCAUCUCGUGGCUCGCGCCCUUCAAUGGAUAUGGCGAGGGGCCCGUCCAAUAUCCGGCGCUCCAUGGAUGUUUCUCGCCCCUCCAUUGAUCAAGGCUACAUUGCCACCGAUAUAGAUUAUGCGGAGAGUACCCUCUGGUGGACGCAGCCAAAUACCCCGCCGCCAUCUGUCCAAAAUCGAAAAGAUGUACUCUUUGAAGUUGAGGAGUCCUCUUCCUCAAAGCGCGGUGGCAAGACGACUGUGUCCAAAGACAUUUAUAUUCUUUUCAUGGACUACUCUCAAACUGUUAUUGCAGCUCAGUUCGAACCUAGAAAUCCUGCAGAUGUCUCCUUGGAGCAACGCCACGAGCCACCUCCCCUUCAACCUCGUCAGGACCAGUUGGAACAGGCACACAACCAAAUUGGUAUCCGAAUCUCCGAGGCUAUUAAUUCCUAUCAAAACUCCACUGUGGGAGAUGGUUCUCCCUUUGGUCUGGUUCAGCAUCUUCUAAGCCCCCUUUCUGAUGCAUUGCUUCCCGUUGGUACUCGGGCAUACGGUGCUUUGGUUUACUCUAACUUGGCCAAUGCGUCCGUGUCUCAAAAUGACGAGAUCCGCGCCGGUGACAUUGUCAGCUUCCGCAAUGCUCGAUUCCAAGGCCACCGUGGCACUAUGCACCAAAAGUACAGUGCUGAAGUUGGCAAACCUGACCACGUCGGCAUUGUUGUGGAUUGGGACGGUACCAAGAAGAAGAUUAGAGCUUGGGAGCAAGGGCGCGAAAGCAAGAAGGUGAAGAUGGAGAGCUUCAAGCUCAAUGACAUGCGCAGUGGCGAGUGCAAGGUCUGGCGAGUGAUGCCACGCAGCUGGGUUGGCUGGGAAAACAACAAAUAA